AGGAACAGGAUUGCGCGCCGUCCAUCUGUGGUGGGGUAGGACAAAAUAUUCUGCAUGUAGAAUCAUUAUUUGUGUGCACAACUUCAGCGCGUUCAGAUCGGUGACCCCUUUUUUCCCCCCGUUGUGUUGUUUUUGGUGCAAUUUGAGUGAAAACACAAGGAUGGUGCGGUGUUCAUUCAACUCGGGGAAAGUCUACAACAUCUACAACUGAGAAUCAGAAAGAGGAAAAUGGAGGCCAGGAAGUCUGAUCAGAAGAAUGGUACCAGGGGUGAAAGAGGUCUGCAGUAUCAGCAGUUUGCAGACUUGAGCCCAGUGGAAAGGUUGGAUUCCCUUCCAAAGUCAGGGAAAGUGAAUGAGAUGUGCAGGGAAUGGUUGGUGAGAGAAGAUGGUGCUUUUGCAUACCAGUUGCAGUCGCAAGAGAUAAACCAGCAUUACUCGGGUAACAAGCAUCGUAAUGCACAGGUGAGGGAGGAUUUUCCUUGCGCCAUGGAUCAGCAGAUGAGGGAGCAGCAUCUGGCAGAGCAGGCAGCAGCAGUGUACCAAAAGAUGUUGCAAGAACAAGAGGAAGUGGACAAGCAGAUAGCUAAAGAUUUGGCAGAUAAGAUUGAGAGAGAGGAGCAGAUCAAGAGAAGAUUGUUGGAGAGGAGAGAUGAAGAUCUGGCCAGGCAGAUAAUUGAGAAGGAUAAAUAUAAGAAGCACUCGUCCCCACAAAAGCCCACAACUCUACCAUUAAAUGACAUACACCAUUCACCCCAUCGUCCAGAUGCCACAAAUUACUUUGCUAAUCUUCCAAGGAGACAAGCUCCCCAGAUGCCCAUUCCACAAGACUACCAAGAUCUAUACACUGAACCAUAUCGUGCAGAGAAAUUGACUGAAGAUUUUGACAGGAUUGAUAUCCAGGAUGAAGAGGUGGACAGAAAAACACAGGAGGAAAGGGAUGCAGAAUUGGCAAGGCAACUGCAGGAGCAAUUGAGUAAUUCUGAGGAGUCCAUAAUAAAUAGAGAUAGAAGACUGGCAAUGGAGGCCCAAGACAAAGAGCUUGCCAAGUUGUUGCAGGAAAGAGAAAGGGCUAAAGCUAAACGUGCCAAGGAGAAGGCCAAGCAAAGGGCAAUUGCAAAGAAACAGCAACUACUUGAGCAAGAACAGCAAAACAUGAAUCAGAUACUCCCAGAUGACUCAUACUCUAAUCCCAUAGACUUGUUACCGCAGCGCACCGUAUUGCACAGCAUUCCACAGAAAAACAUGCAAUUGGUCACUGAAGAUGACACAAACUAUUGUUUCCCAGUAGAUGUGCUUCCAGCAAGAUAUGACACUAAUCCGAAACAGUACUCUCCAGUGAAGCAGAGUGAAGGUAGAUAUGACAGGAUCAAUGGGGGCCCAAGCAGUUUGUGUGAGAUUACAGACCUCAGUGAUAAUAUUCCACCACCAGUCAGACCUACACAACUUGAUUUAAGGUCACCAUUGACACAAAAAGUCUACAAGCCCAGAUUCCCUGAUCCAGUGAUCGAUGAUAUGCCAAGAGAGAGCGCAGAACAAAGUCCGUCCCCAAGUAAACAACAUAUGAAUAUUGCUAUGGCAAUAGAUCCAACAUAUCCUAGAAGAACAAUGCAAUCUCCUCCAAGUUAUGAUACAACAUCCAGUACUGUGACCACAAGCACUUCCAGCAGCAGUUCUGGUCUGGUGCUUCCAACUCCUGAUUUAACAGAAGAUGACCAUAGUCCAGUGCCACCAUACAUGCCAAUCCAAGGCCAAAGAAGAACAGCCUCCUUAGAGAAGAAGAGCAAGAGGAAGGCUAAGGAUGGUUGCAAGCAGCAAUAAAUAAAAAAAAAAGUAUAUCAAAGUAUAUUUACAUGCUCACAAUAUGCAUAAUAUAAAUCAGAUUUCUGUUAUCUUCUUCUCUU